AUGAAGCUCGACAGCACCGCCUGCGUCGCCAUCGCCGAGAUCGCCGUCUUCGUCCCGGCCCUCGUCGCUAGCCUCUUGGUCUGCGCGGGCCAAGGCUUCGCCCGAUCCUCCGGCGGCUGGAUCUACACCACCGUCCUCUGCGUCGUCCGCGUCGCCGGUGCUGGCUGCCAGCUCUCCGCCCGCGACCAUCCCCCCUUGACCGGCGUCAUCACCGCCGCGCUCAUCCUCGACUCCAUCGGCCUAUCGCCGCUGCUCCUCGCCACGCUGGGUCUCAUCUCUCGACUGACGGAUGCUAUCAACACCAACAGAAAGCAGCUCUUCGGCAGCACCGUCGUCGCUGCCACCGUCCUCUGCAUCGUCGGUGGCACCAGCGCGCAGCAGCGCGGAGCCGCCACCGGGCAGGUCGUCGUCUACCUGCUCGCGCUGCUCGGCAUCGCGCUUCUGCUCUGCUUGGCCCUGCCGCAUCGCAGGGCCGUCGAGCCGCCGCGCGAGCGCCGUAUCGUCCCCGUCGUGGGGCUGGCCCUGCCGCUAAUUGCUGUCCGCGUAAUGUACUCCCUCAUCGCCGCCUUCGCCAACGACAGGCACUUUCCCAUCUACGGCGGCAGUGUCGGGGUCCACGUCGGCAUGGCUACUGCAUAG